AAAGGGAAUGGUGACUUAACUCUCCUUUUGUGUCUAGAGAAGAAAGUCAUACGGGUUUGUAACUGAGGGUAUAAAAAGCAUAAAUACAAUUUUGGGGUGAGUUUUUGCUUGAAAUUGAACGCAGUUUCCAAACAGCUCCACUAGAUGGAGAUUGCAUUCCAGCUUGUUUUGAUUCCGCCAGCCUUGCGCAGAAGGAGGCCGGUUAGCCAAUCACAUGCAAUGCAGAAAAGAGGUACCAACAACACUGCUCUUUAGCCUAACCCCAACCAACAUUAAUCACUGACAUUUUAACUGGCAUAAAUGUUCUAUCUCUGCAACGUUGUCUAUAGCAGACGAAAGACCACAGUCACUGUAUCAAAAGUGUGUCGUUGCCAUGGAAACUGAGGGUAAGGUGAUCGAGUGCAAGGCAGCAGUGGCCUGGGAACCAGGAAAAGCACUCUCCAUUGAGGAGGUGGAGGUUGCCCCUCCCAAAGCACAUGAAGUACGAAUUAAGAUAGUAGCAUCUGGAGUAUGCCACUCAGAUUGGGCUUACCUGUAUGAUGUUGCUAAAAUGAAGCCACGGCCUUUUCCUUUGAUCCUGGGACAUGAAGGGGCUGGGAUUGUGGAGAGUGUUGGUCCAGGUGUCACAAAGGUAUCUAAAGGAGAUAAAGUCAUUCCUCUGUUCCUGCCACAGUGUGGACAGUGUGAACGCUGCCUGAGUCCAAAGACAAACCUCUGCACCAAAGACUGGGACAAAACUCAACAGGGUGUUCUUGCAGAUGGCACCAGCAGGAUCACCUGCAAGAAUCAGCAGAUUUACCAGUUUAUUGGUGUCAGCACAUUCUCUGAAUACACUGUUGUGCCAGAGGACAAUGUCACCAAGAUUCACCCAGAUGCUCCACUGGACAAAGUCUGUCUGCUGGGCUGUGGAGUGUCUACAGGAUAUGGAGCAGCAGUGAACACAGGCAAAGUAGAAUCUGGCUCUACAUGUGCGGUGUUUGGUUUGGGAGCUGUUGGACUGGCAGCUGUCAUGGGAUGCAAGGCUGCUGGUGCUUCCAGGAUCAUCGCUGUUGACAUCAAUCCAGACAAGUCUGAGAUCGCCAAGACUUUUGGAGCAACUGAGUUUGUGAACCCUAAAGACCACAGUAAACCCAUUCAGGAGGUGCUGAGGGAGCAGAGUAAUGGUGGCGUUGACUUCUGUCUUGAGUGUGUGGGGAAUGUGGGAGUAAUGAGGGCUGCUGUGGAAGCGUGCAGUCCUGCAGGGGGAAUCUGUGUGAUUGUGGGUUGGAUUGAGGUGGAGGAACUUUCUCUGGCCCCCCUGGAUAUCCUACUAGGAAGAACUCUGAAAGGCACUUAUUUUGGAGGUUGGAAGAGUGUUGAGGCGGUGCCCAAACUUGUUCAAGACUAUAUGAGCGGGAAGCUUCUGCUGGAUGAAUUUGUGACACACAGACUGACUCUAGAUCAGGUUAACCAGGCCUUUAAUCACAUGAUCACUGGGAAAAGUAUCCGGUCAGUGAUUGAGAUGUGAAAUGGAGAUGAUGCUCAAUAUCCUUCAAACAACUCAAGUAUUUUGGUCCCUUUUCACUGCCUGUAUGUAUUGGCUAAAGUACACAGGCACAGCGAAUUAAAGGUGCCGAAGGAAAGGAGAAGUCACAUUCACUGUGUCUCAAGGAGAAUACAAAGACCAUGUCUGUUAUGAUCAGAAACUGUUCCACACAAUAAAGCCAAGUUU